ACUACGACUCCCGGCAGGCGCUGCGCCCGUCCGCCUCGCCCACCUGCUCGCUACGGGACAAGCACGGCCGCGCGUGCGCCGUGCUUGAAGAUGGCACCUGCGGGCCGCGAGCGCCGGUGCCGGGGCUGCGCGGGGGCUCGGGCGCUCCCGCUAAUCUUGCUGCUGGGGGCUCUGGCCUAUUCGCGCGCCACGGAGCACUACUCGCCGCUGUCCCUGCUCAAGCAAGAAUUACAGCACCGACAGCAGCAGGAGGGCCCGGCGGGUGGCGGCUGCCCGCAAUCGGGGGACUGGGCGGACCAGUACCCGGCAGACUGCGAGUCAUCCUUUUUGAACUUCCACGAGUCAGACUGUGAACCCAAAGGAUCGCCACCCUGUGACUCCUUGCUUUCUCUCAACACUGAGAAGAUUCUGAGCCAGGCCAAGUCUAUUGCAGAACAAAAGAGAUUUCCGUUUGCCACUGAUAAUGACAGCACAAAUGAAGAGUUAGCUAUUGCUUAUGUGUUGAUUGGCAGUGGUCUGUAUGAUGAAGCAAUAAAGCAUUUUUCAACAAUGCUUCAGGAGGAGCCUGAUCUGGUUAGUGCAAUUUAUGGCCGAGGGAUAGCCUAUGGAAAGAAGGGACUACAUGACAUUAAGAAUGCUGAGCUUGCUCUGUUCGAGCUGAGCCGAGUAAUUACCUUGGAGCCAGACCGUCCAGAGGUAUUUGAACAGCGAGCAGAAAUUCUGUCUCCUCUGGGGAGAAUUAAUGAGGCAGUGAAUGAUCUCACUAAAGCUAUUCAGCUUCAGCCGUCUGCACGGCUAUACCGACACCGGGGGACCCUGCACUUCAUAUCCGAGGACUAUGCCACAGCACAUGAGGACUUCCAGCAGUCCUUAGAGAUGAACAGAAACCAGCCCACGGCCAUGUUGUACAAAGGCCUGACCUUUUUCCACAGAGGACUUCUCAAGGAAGCUAUUGAGUCCUUCAAAGAAGCUUUGAAGCAGAAAGUUGAUUUUAUUGAUGCUUAUAAAAGCCUGGGGCAGGCCUAUAGAGAACUGGGCAACUUUGAAGCAGCCACCGAGAGCUUCCAGAAGGCACUGCUGCUCAACCAGAACCACGUGCAGACGCUCCAGCUCCGGGGGAUGAUGCUGUAUCACCACGGCAGCUUGCCGGAGGCCCUGAAGAACUUCAAGAGGUGCCUGCAGCUGGAGCCGUACAACGAGGUGUGCCAGUACAUGAAAGGGCUCAGCCACGUUGCGAUGGGGCAGUUCUACGAAGGGAUAAAAGCGCAAACCAAAGUGAUGCUUAAUGACCCUCUCCCUGGCCAGAAGGCCAGCCCAGAGUACCUUAAGGUGAAAUAUCUCCGAGAGUAUUCUCGGUAUCUCCACGCACACUUGGAUACCCCACUCACGGAGUAUAAUGUGGACGUGGAUCUGCCAGGAAGCUUCAAGGAUCACUGGGCCAAAAAUCUGCCUUUCCUCAUAGAUGACUAUGAGGAGCAGCCCGGCUUGCAGCCCCACAUAAAGGAUGUCUUACAUCAGAAUUUUGAGAGUUACAAGCCUGAGGUUCAGGAGCUAAUCUGUGUUGCUGAUCGCUUGGGAUCGCUGAUGCAAUAUGAGACCCCGGGUUUCCUGCCAAACAAGAGAAUACACCGAGCCAUGGGCCUGGCAGCACUGGAAGUCAUGCAAGCUGUCCAGCGCACAUGGACCAACUCAAAAGUCCGCAUGAAUGGAAAAACCCGUUUGAUGCAGUGGAGGGACAUGUUUGACAUCGCAGUGAAGUGGAGAAGGGUUGCUGACCCGGACCAGCCUGUGCUAUGGCUGGACCAGAUGCCAGCACAGAGUCUCAGCAGAGGUUUCAACAACCACAUCAACUUAAUAAGGGGACAGGUGAUUAACAUGAGAUAUUUAGAAUAUUUUGAGAAAAUACUUCACUUUAUUAAAGAUAGAAUUCUUGUUUAUCAUGGAGCUAAUAACCCUAAAGGAUUGUUAGAAGUCAGAGAAGCUCUGGAAAAGGUACACAAAGUGGAAGACCUUCUUCCAAUUAUGAAGCAGUUUAAUACCAAAACGAAGGACGGGUUCACCGUGAACACGAAAGUUCCCAGCCUCAAAGACCAAGGGAAGGAGUAUGAUGGGUUCACGAUCACCAUCACAGGGGACAAAGUUGGCAAUAUCCUGUUUUCUGUUGAAACUCAAACCACAGAAGAAAGGACACAAUUAUAUCAUGCUGAAAUAGAUGCACUUUAUAAAGAUCUGACAGCAAAAGGAAAAGUAUUGAUUCUUUCAUCAGAAUUUGGGGAGGCUGAUGCUGUCUGCAACUUAAUCUUGUCCUUGGUUUAUUACUUUUAUAAUUUAAUGCCCCUCUCUCGAGGAUCUAGUGUCAUCGCCUAUUCUGUCAUCGUGGGGGCGCUGAUGGCCAGUGGGAAAGAAGUAGCAGGGAAAAUUCCCAAGGGCAAGUUAGUUGAUUUUGAAGCUAUGACCGCCCCUGGUUCAGAGACCUUCAGCAAAAUAGCUAAGAGCUGGAUGAACUUGAAAAGCAUCUCCCCUUCAUACAAGACCCUCCCAGCAGUGUCAGAGACGUUUCCUACAUUAAGGUCAAUGAUUGAGGUGCUAAACACAGACUCCUCUCCACGAUGUCUCAAGAAACUGUAGUUAUGCAUGGAGUUUGUACAUGUGAAGGGCCAGGCCUCUUGCUUCUUAAGUUAUUUUUUAAAACAUGGAAUUAAGAAAUUAGGUCUUUUAUUACUUUUGAUAUCAAUUUUUGAUAGGAAUUGAAUACUUGAAAUCAUUUUCUUUACUUUCUGAACCAUAAAAUCAUGAAAACAGGUUUCGGGGGAAAAACUACUUGACAAGGAAGGGACGUGUAUGUAUUACCUGGCAGCCUGAUGGUUUCCACUUGUGAACUGACAUGACUUCUUCCUUAUGGCAAAAAGUAUUUACUUCAAAAACCAAAAAUUAGGUGAACAAAGCCAAGAACAAUCAAGGAGUGUCUUCGUGCUGUGGGAUAUUUGGCUUCUCAGACUUUCCUCGUGUGAGCCACACGCCGGGCUUUGCUCCUUGGCUGGUGGGUACUCCGUCCUCCCAGCACUGUGGGUGGUCCAUGGGCUGACCGCACGCGCCACAGCUGAUAGCUGGGAUCACUCGGUCCGAAGAUGCACACAGUAUUUGCCAAUGUCCAAAACAUUGAAUUGCUGAACCAUGUCUUGUCUUUGCUGGAAAAAAUAAACCGCAGUGAUUUCUAUAAGUCA